UCUACGCGUAGAGGGAGAAAACACAAAUUCAAGAUGUCUGCGCCCAUGAAUUUGCGGCUUCCAAACAAGGAGACCGUUAAUUUACUAAUAAGAACUCAUUUACUUCUGUGUUUAAUAGUAACUUUGAUUGUUUACCUACCAAUGAACACACAUUUACCUAUUGACAUUGUUAAUGAAUGUCUAACUGCUGUAAAAUCGUUAAUUGUUGUUUUCACAUUGUUUCAAAUUGUGGUGAAUGCGAUUAUAGUGCCGAAGUAUGCACAGAAUAAACCGACAACAUUUAAAGUCAGAAGUGUAGUAAAGGUUUUUGGGGUUCUCAUUCUCGGAAGUAUCGGCUAUCACUGCAUCGCUGUCCUUUUUGGUGCUCCAUUUAUAAACUCUGUAGCAGAGACCUUCCACUUUGCCCUGCUCCUGACUGUUACAACUGUAUUUCCAAGCCUCUGUGUGCUGGGAAUAAACUUCUCAAAUUGGGUUAGAGUGUAUGCUCAAAACAGUCCUGACGUAGGAGCCGAGUCAAUCCUCUACUGUGCCUCGGUAGGAAGUAUCCUGGGAGCAUGGCUGGGCGCCCUCCCUAUCCCGCUGGAUUGGGACAGACCCUGGCAGGUGUGGCCGGUAACUUGUGUACUAGGAAACCUGGCCGGGUAUUUACUGGGACUUUGUGCUGGCUCAUUACACCUAUAUCUACAUUAUAACAGAUCAAAGAAAUGCAAACUCACAUGAAAGUUUUACCAAAAUAUUCAUGCCAAAGAGUGGAAUACAUUAAAUAUACUCAGGACUAGAUUGCUGGGAAUGGGAUAAGAUAAAAGGAUUUUGAUUUUGUAUAAUAUUUGUUGGCGACCGAUACAUUUAAAACAGCUGUUUUGUGACAAUGAGACACGGACAUUGUGCCGUUUAACUGUUACAUUAGACAAGGAAUGUAUUUAUAGGUAUAUCACCAAUACCUGAUAUAUAUUUCAUCACACCUAUGGUUUAUUGUUUUGAUAAAUUCACAGUUCAAAACAACAUGGGUGUAACAUCAAUAUGUUUUAGCUUACAUUUAAUUCUUAACAGAAACAAAAUGCAGUAUUGAUGACGGAUAAAAAUUCAAAUCCAUUUUUCUGAGUUAAUUCUCAAGUAUAACCUGAGAAUACAGUCUUAAUCAGGUAGGUUCUGAGGAUUUUAUUGGAUACAAAUUACAAUCAUCACAAGUUGGAUAUCCUCAAUUGUAAUGACUUUCAAUAUUAUGCUUGGGGACGAUGUCAGUCCAUAUCUAUACUGAGGCCAGACAGGUUUUCUUCCUGCUCCAAUCAAAUAAUGCAUAACGAUAUCUUGAAAAGACAAUAUCUGUGACAUGAAUUACUACAUUUAAUGUUAAAGUUUUGUUUCGGUGCUAUAAAAAUAUCUACAAUGUACAUGACAGAAAUCUAAUUAAAAUCUGUUUUUGUCUCAUUGUCAAUAAAUGUUACUU